GCUCUCCACAGUUGUGUCAGUUUCUCGAUGCAAGGGCGCACGCUAGAAUCAUCCCGCGCCCUUGACCCCACGCGCUGAGAAAUGCCGGCCCUUCUUGCAUCUUCCAUUUACAUCUUACAUACACAUGCUCAUGGCUAUCAAUAUCAGUUGAAAGAGCAGUAUAAGUGACAUAAAGAAACCAAGUGGACUCAUUUUCUUUCAUUCACCAAUCAUCUCAGCUUCAUCUUUCAAGACCAACUCAAGUAAUUCGCGAAUCUCAAAAUCAUCAUGUCAACAGCAGAAUCUAUCCCAAAAGUCCUCGACUCAUUUACUGAGAAAUGGUCCCCGCGCCUUGUCGCAGCAAUCAACGACCACCACGUCAAAGUUGCCAAAAUUGAUGGCGAAUUCAUCUGGCACUCACAUCCAAACUCCGACGAACUCUUCUAUCUCCUCUCUGGCAAAUUGACUAUUGAGCUCGAGGGCCUGGACGAUGUUGUGAUGCAAGUUGGCGAUAUGUUUGUCGUUCCAAAGGGCAUUAGACACCGUCCUGUUGCGGAAGAGGCACAGAUCAUGCUGAUCGAACACGAGUCUACGAUUAAUACUGGAGACGAAACUAGUUCGGACAGGACAGUACAAGUCAAGGAUGCUCGUGGGCAGAAUUGAGGUGGGCGGACGUGUAAUGACGGUAGAAGGAGGAUUGAAGGAUGUCUUUGAGGACAAGUGGGAAUAGGCGUGAUGUAUAUAAUGACCUUGCUAUCUUCACAAGAUUCUUUCAUGUAUGGUGUUGUGUACAUGAACCCGGGAUUUACUGUUUCUAUGCAAUUAUGAAUUGAACACAGACUGCGGCUAUGAGCUGUCUAAAUAGCUAGAUUCUCGCUCCAACACUUCAUUAGAGAAGAUGUGUCAAACGAGGAUUCGGAGGAAUUUGCUGUCGCAUCUGCGCCCGA